AUGGACGAGCCUUAUACGCUCUACUUCAAAGUGGACGCGGAGAGACUAGAAAAACUGCCAAUGCCUGUGAAGCAUCUGGAGACGGUUCAUUUGCACGGGCAUGAGAAGGCGAAAACUUAUUUUGGGGCUUCGUACCUUGGAGAGUCAGGGGGCCAUUGGAAUGUCGUCGAAUGUAAUUCUAAUAUCACAUGUUUGUUAAAUGUGCAUGAGAUGGCAAGAGACUAUUCAGGGUGGUUUUUGAAGUAUCAGGUUGAUCUGAAUGCAAUUUCUGAUGUAUUUCCGGAAAUAAUCAAGAAGAAGGGCGACAACCGAGAUAGCGGUUACACAUUUAACGUAGUUUCGGUUGUGAGGAGUGGAAAUGAGGAAAAUCAUGAGUCCUUCGUGGUAUUGGAGAUACCUGGUGGAAUGGUUGUCCGUUACAGCCUUGUGGAUAAGAGGGUAAAGAAACUGUGGGAAUUUACUCAGACUGGUUACAAAUUUUAUAAUGAAAAGGGUCUAAGAGGUGUCUGUGGAUUGCCCUACAUUCAGUCUCUUGCCAGUGUGUGA